CAAGAAGAAGAAGAGGCCGACUUUUAUUUUGACACGAUGCUUUGACCGAAGGAUGUAGCGUAGUUGCGAUGGUCACACUGAAAGAGUCACACGAUCUGCCAUAUGAUCAGCGCUUUACUGCUCUUUUGAAACGUCCCUGCUCAGCUCCAUCUGCUUGAAUAUCUAUAAAUGUUGACAUUUAACGGGAUGUUUCAAGAUGAACUGAUCUCGAUGUAAAUGAUGUAGGGGGUCUGGUGUGGCUGGUGGUCAUAACAGGUGCAGCGUAAACCCCUUCGUAUCCAAAACCAGCUCAUGGCCUCCAUAUAUCAACCUUCGUUAGAAGACUCAUCUGAGGUGAAGGAGGGCUUUCUAUGUCCCCUCUGUCUGAAAGACCUCCAGUCCUUCUACCAGUUACAGGACCACUAUGAGGAAGAGCACUCCGGAGACAACCGGCAUGUCAGCGGCCAGCUGAAGAGCCUGGUGCAGAAGGCGAAGAGAGCCAAAGACAAGCUGUUGAAACGGGAUGGAGACGAGCGGACAGAGAGCAGCUAUGAGUCGUUUUAUUAUGGAGGGGUGGACCCUUACAUGUGGGAGCCGCAGGAACUCGGGGCCACCCGCAGUCACUUGGAUGCUUUCAAGAAGCACAGAGCUGCAAGAAUCGACCAUUAUGUUAUUGAAGUCAACAAAUGCAUCAUACGACUGGAAAAGCUAACCUCCUUCGACAGAACCAAUAUGGAUGCGGCACAGAUAAGAUCACUUGAGAAAUCCUUGGUGUCAUGGGUGAAUGAUCAAGAUGUGCCGUUCUGCCCCGAUUGUGGGGGCAAAUUCAACAUCCGCAACCGCCGCCACCAUUGCCGCCUUUGUGGUUCCAUUAUGUGCAGAAAGUGCACAGAGUUUGUGCCUCUGCAGCUGGCGUAUAAGUUAACCACUGGAACAAAAGAAGCUUUAUAUGCACCGGGCAGUCUGGGUCAGAGGGGGUCUUCCGGAGCACAGGUCGCACCACAGAUCCCUCGCCGUGGCUCCAUCAGCAGCAUCUCCUCCGUCACCUCUGUUCUGGAGGAGAAAGAUGAUGAUCGGGUGCGCUGCUGUCAUCACUGCAUGGACGCGCUGAUGCGCCAUCAGAAUAAACUGGAGGAAAAGGAUCACGUGCCUGAUAUUGUCAAACUCUAUGAGAGGUUGAGGACGUGUAUGGAGAAGGUUGAAGCUAAGGCUCCAGAGUACAUGCACAUGGCCGAGUCGCUCAAUGCUGGAGAGACCGCUUAUAAUCUGGAGAAUGCUGCUGGAUUGAGGAUGGAAAUACAAAAAUACUACGAGCUCAUCGAUGUUCUGAGUAAGAAGAUCCUCACACUGGGGUUAAAAGAUGAGGUCCAGCCGCACCCUAAAGCCCUACAGCUACAAAAAAUGGUGCGUUACGCGGCCACGCUCUUUAUACAGGAGAAACUGCUGGGUCUGACGUCCUUGCCUACCAAGGGGAAAUAUGAGGAGCUGAAGGAGAAGAGGAAGGAGGAGCAAGGGAAAAGGAUUCAGCAGGAGAAACAGGCAUCUCUAGAGGCACAAAAACGUCGAUCUGAAAAUGAGAAGAACCGCCCGGCCCUCGGUGCAAACGGAAGCGUUCCAGGUCCCCUUAUGACCAAAGCCGGCGGCUGGCUGCCGCAGUCAGGCACUCGCUCUGAGCUGGACGACCCUCUGCUGCAACAGAUUGGAAACAUAGAGUCCUUUUUACGGCAGGCCCGCUCCGCAAACCGCACCGACGAGGUGGCCAUGCUGGAGGAGAACCUGCGGCAGCUUCAGGACGAGUUUGAUGCCCAGCAGACCAGCAGAGCCAUCGAGCUUUCACGGAAGCUGGCCGAGGAAACGGACCUGCAGCAGAGACAGAUUGAACAUCUAGAGCAAAGAGAGCUUGAGAACAAAGCCCACACAAAAACAUCUUCCUUAGAUUUUAGAGACAAUGUUCAAGAUGAAGAACAGGAUGAAGGUGACCUGGAAGAUCAUUUGAGUGCAGACCUUGAGUCUAAGCCUGCAAAGUUUGGAAACUCUCCACCCGUGGUGAGGCACAGAGAGGAACAUACACCAACUCCACAAGCAAGAAACCCAUUCGAUGCUGAGGAUUUCUCUCCAGUUGAGGAAGGAGCAACCAGCUCUUUAAGUGUAGAGAUCAUGGGGGAAAAUAAUCAUGCAGCCAAUGGAAAGAAAGUUUACAACCCAUUUGAGGAGGAAGAGGAUGCCACAGAAGAUCUAGACGCGGGUACAGCAAAGUCGCCUGGAAAUCCUUUCGAAGAUGAGGACGGUGAUGAAGAUAGAGGGAACCCUUUUAAAGAGGUUUCGGAUGGGAAUCCAGCUGCAUCAACCAAUCCAUUUGAAGAAGACGACGACGCCUCAAUAAUGGAUGACAUGAUUGAGGAAGAGCUGCUUCUCCAACAGAUAGACAAUAUCCGUGCGUACAUGUUUGAUGCCAAACUAAACGGGCGUGCAGAUGAAGUGGAGCUUUUGUCAGAGAACUUAAGGGAGCUACAUCGAACGCUUCAAGAGCAGAAAAGAAAAAAAUAGUCACAAACCCCAUCUGAAGUUUUUUUUUUACUCUUACAUUGUAGGAAUCUGCAGAAAGGGAGAAACGUCGAGUUAGAUUCGAAAGCGCUUUAGAAAGAAGAAAAGGGAGCAUUAGCAGUCCUAAAUAUUCAAAUUCAUAAUGUCUAGUGUUGGUCAACAGGUAGUUUGAGAAAAACGGGUUUGUGCUUUUCAAAUUUGAAAUGGUGUAAGCAUUUUCCAUCCAACCUGGUCAGUAUUUUAUGCACGUCCGUUGAAGAUAUUGACAACAAAUUGUUUUCGAGCAGCAAAUUGAAAAAUGCACAAUUUUAACGUUGAUUAUUUUCUUCUGCUAGAGUCUAGACUGUGAUCUAAUGUAUGAUCAAAACUUCAACUGAUCGAGACCCUGACUUCCUGCACUUCUUUAAAACAUUGUGUGGCUCUGAAAUUCUAUUUGCAAUUUUAAAUGAUAUGAUGUUAAAUCUCUUGGUUUAUUGACUUGUAAGGUAUAUAAUAACACACAUACAGACUUUCAUUGUGUUAUUGAAAUCCAUUAGCAGUCCUGAUUUCCACUGCUUCUUUUUGAAAACUGGUGUUUAUUAAUGGUCUUUGUUUUCAUCGCUCUGUUCUCAAAAUGUAAAAACGUACAAUUAAUAUGCUUAAGUUUU